CCAGUUAGACGCGGACAAGCGCAGUGGUAGCGUGUGUGUUUGUGAAUAGAAAAAGGAGGUAUUAAAGAAAAGGAUAGGAAUAAAUAAAAUGCGGAAAAGCCUCUCAUGACACUCGCUGUUCGCUCUACGUUGAAGAAAUAGAAGAAAAUGUCGCUCUCCAAUAACACCGUGACAAGGUUCUGGCAUAGAAUCUUUGUAGAAUUAGCUGAUCCAAGAACCAACGACUGGUUCCUGAUAACGAGUCCCGUGCCGGGGCUGACGAUCCUCGGCCUGUACCUGUACUUCACGCUGAAAUGGGGUCCGCGGUACAUGGCCGACAAGAAACCAUUCCAGCUCCAGAACACCCUCAUAGUGUACAAUUUCCUGCAAGUCUUAGUCAGCUGCUACUUGUUUUAUGAGGGCCUGGCAGCAGGAUGGAUGACCUCCUACAGCUGGAAAUGUCAACCCGUUGACUUCUCCAAUUCACCGGAAGCCAUGAGGGUAGCGCGCGGCGUCUACAUAUAUUUUUUGGCGAAGAUCUCCGAGCUUCUAGACACGAUAUUCUUCGUGAUUCGAAAGAAGGACCGGCAAAUCACGUUCCUCCAUAUGUACCACCACACCGUGAUGCCUAUGAUAUCCUGGGGGGCCACCAAGUACUACCCAGGGGGCCAUGGAACCCUCAUUGGAGUUAUCAACUCGUUUGUGCAUAUAAUUAUGUACACGUAUUACAUGCUAGCGGCAAUGGGACCACAAUACCAGAAGUUUUUGGGCUGGAAGAGGCAUAUAACGACCCUGCAAAUGCUGCAGUUCUGCAUCGCGUUCCUGCAUUCCUCCCAACUUCUCUUCUACGACUGCGGCUACCCGCGCUGGUCAGUUGUCUUCACGCUGCCCAACUCAAUAUUCUUCUAUUACUUGUUCUAUGACUUCUACGAUAAAGCGUACGGAAAACCCGUAGAGAAGACCAUAGACAACCCAAAGGCCAACGGAAUGAACGGACACAGCAAUAAAAACGGCAAAGUACAGACUGAGAAGGACGAUAGAGAACGGAAAAAGAUAAAGUAAUUGCCAUUUGUAUAUAGGUGUAUAUAGUUUAUAUUAUAUGUUGUAUCUUUAAAAGAUACAUAGGAUUUAUCCGACGUUUUUGUAGGACUUGAGAAGGUAGCGCCUUAUACAUAACCUCUUCUUGAUUGUAAUAUUUACAGUACGCUUACGCUGAUAUAUGUUGCUAUCUCUGUCUUAAAUGUUGGAGAAGACAUAAGCGAGACAAAUAUAGCAAUAUAGGUUAUCUUGAUCGUAGAGCAAAUUUUGUAAUAAAGAAGGGAAUGUAAUCUACAAGAAUUAUGUAGGAAGAGUAAACUAUGACUUACCAUGUAGGCGAUAUAGGUGAAUUUUAGUAGUCUUACUAAAAUCGAGUUACCAAUAUGAUAACGAUUUGAUGAAUUAUAACUGUGAUUGUUAUGUUCGAUCAUGUCGUUAAGCUAGGUUAAGAUUGUACUGGGUCGGUGCUGAUGCAAUCAAACUGUGUUAUCCAUGACUUAAUCGAAUGAAAUACGAAUGUAAAGAUAGUAUAGGUAAAUCUAAGUUGGCAUGUUCUACACAUUAGACACAUAUUUGUGUGGUGUCUUUGUAUACUUACAAUGUACAUAUUUGUAGUACUUGGAUGACAUUGUUAACAAGUGCCGCUGUUCGCAACAAUAACUGUCAAUUUCUAAGAUGGCGGCUUUUGGCUAUUUGUCAAAAGAUCAUUGAUAAACAUGCCAUUUUAAACCAUGGUGACAAUUCAAUCGAACCUUUUAUAACUUAGUCAUAUA